CCAUUUUCCAUGCGUGAUUCUGUGAAGAGAAGAAGCUGGCGCGCGUUUCCUCUCUUGCGAAGUAGGGUGCCGCUGUCUGGUUAAAUUUUUUGGGUAUAUCUGUAUUUUUCAUUGAUUGUAUUCCUGACAUGGUCUCUGCAGAUAUGUCGUCUUCGGAUGCUCUUCACCCAGCCUGCACAUGGGCCCAGCGAAAUGAUCUCAUAUUCCUCACAAUACUGGUUGAGGAUGUCAAAAACCCUGAAAUCAAGGUAGAGGGAAACAAACUUCACUUCAAAGGCACUGGUGGACCUGACAAGAAAACCUAUGCUGUCGAUAUGGAAUUGUACAAAGAAAUCAACCCUGAGAAAUCGAAGCAGCUCGUCUCUGGCCGGGGGAUCGACUUUGUGCUAAUCAAGGCCGAGGAGGGUCCCUACUGGCCGCGGCUGCUCAAAGACUCCAAGAAGUGCCACUGGCUCAAGGUGGACUUCAACAAGUGGAAGGACGAGGAUGAGAGUGACGAGGAGGGCGCCGGUGCGCCCGGCGGCGGACCCGGCGGGGACAUGGACAUCGAGGCGAUGAUGAAGCAGAUGGGCGGCCUCGGAGGCAUGGGUGGUAUGGGCGGAAUGGGUGGCAUGGGAGGUAUGGGUGGUAUGGGUGGUAUGGGCGGCAUGGGCGCCAACGUGCCUCCGGGGAUGGGUGACGACGACAAAGCGGAAGAGGAGGACUCUGACGACGGGGAUCUGCCCGACCUGGAGGACUAGGAGGCCGUCAGCAAACGGCGACACGACUCUUCAUCCACACCGGACGCGCCAGCACUCCCCAUCAUCACCCGCGCGCCGCCGCCGCCCCCGCCCGGAGGAGAAGGCGCCGCGCCGCCGCCCCCGCCCAGAGCAGCUGGCGCGCCCGUUCGCCGGCCGGCCGUCCGCGCCACCGUUCUGGGUGACCGCCUUGCGUCGGCAGCCAAGUGUUUCCUUUGUAUUGAACUAUGCCGUUCUGUGGUGCAUGUGUUGAUGGGUCGGUCCGUCCGCGGAACGCCAGGCAAUGUCGGCUGACCGCGGCCGGCGGACGUUUUAAAUACAGCCAUAUGUAUUGAUUCCGA